CCCAUCUACCCUCUCAGCCCCCAGGUCUCUUCGCAAGAGAAACUCUCCGCAACCGUCUAAGGCAAGGUAUCCCCAACUCCUAUCAUGUCGCAGCAGAGAGCUCUCACGGCAGGCGAAGAGUGCCAGCAGGCCGCAAAAGCUUUCAGCGCAUUCGUCGACCCUCGCCAAGGCGCUAUUCCUUCUGUUUACAUCACGAGCGCUAUGGGAUGCGCCAUCUGCAAAGGCAACCGCGGCGUUGCCGUCCUCCGUCUCAAAACCGGCGAAUGGUCCGCCCCCUGCGCCAUCGAGCUUGAGCAGCAAAACGGGGCCAUCCAGCAAGGCCAAGAAACCGUGCUCCUCUUCAUGACCGAAAGCGUGAUCCACAAGCUCGUCGCGCGUGCCCUGCUGCGGCUAGGCGUGACGGACCAGUUUCGGCCCGGCCCACUCACGGGGAACGAGCCUAUCAACCCGGCGGUGGAUGUCUAUGGAUGGGUGCGGUUUAAUGGGGGUUUCACGCCACCGGAGCUGAUUGCGCAGAAUAUGGUGUCGUGGUUUGUGAGGGAGGAUCCGGAACGGCACGGGAGGUGGCAUGGAGAGAGUGUUACUUGGUUUGAUGUCUUGACGAAUAAGAUCACGGUCGACCGGAGCAGUGUCGGGAACGCCUUGUACGUGGUCCUCAACAUGGCGGCCGGCAGCAACGCAGCAGUCGACGUCAAGCGGAAGAAUUUCGCAGAUCUAGAUGCGCUAAGUGGCAUCGCACCGUCCGUCAUCACCGCGCGAGCGCAAAAACAGCAGCAGCAACAACAACAGCACCAAUACCAGCAGCAGCAACAACAGCAAUCCCCACAACAAUUCCAACAGCAGCAAUACCUUCAACAACAGCACCAGCUCCAACAACAACAACUCCAACAGCAACUCCUCCAACAACAACAACAACUGGCCGGCCUCUCUAAUCCCGCCAUCCAGGGAUACCCAUCGCCCCAACUCUACCAGCAAUCGCAACCCCAACAAAACCUCUACCAGCCCCAACAACAGCAACAGCUCUACACCCAGGCGGCCCAACCCACAUCCAACUUCUCCUACGAACAAGCCCUCCAACAACAAGCCCUCGCCCACCAGCAGUACGCGGCCGCGCAGCAACAGGUCGCGGCGGCCCAGCAGCAACUUGCGGCGUUGGGGCAGUUUGGGGGGUCGGGGCAACCCAGCCCGCAUCAGCAGCCGGGGCAGUUUUCGCAGCAGCAGGGUGGGGGGGUUAACCCUGCGCAUUGGAAUCAGCGGUAGAUAAUUUAAGGCGUAGGCUAGGAGGGGAAAUGUAAUGGUGGGGCAAACGUCAGCGGCUGAUCUUGUUUGGAAAGGAGUUUAGUCCCCCGUUUACGGCGUGUAUAUAACACACGCACGGCUUCCGCUGGUAGAUUUUUCAAAUACAUGAAACCCAUCAACUGAGA